GGAAGGAAAGGUUUGUUUAUCUCCCUCAGCCAGCCGUGUCCACCUCCUCCUUCAACAAACGUCUAUUUUAUGCCAUUUACAAUGAAUUACACCUAGUAUAAGGACCUGCUCCUUUGGUGACGCCCAGAAAACCUGCAGCCAUGAAUUCACUCAAGAGUUUCAUGAACAGGGUUGUGAGGGAAGUAGGCCCUCAAGCAGCAGGUCAGGGAGGCACAGAAGGCGAAAGAGCCGAAGAUGGUCCAGGAGAUGCCGUGGAGGGCUUCUUGUGUCCAACAUGUUACAUGAGCUUCCCAAAGCCAGAGCUCCUACAGGAUCACUAUGAAGCGGAACACAUUGAACCGUCAGCCAAUUAUCUGUGUCCUGUGUGCAAAGCGCGGCUCAACUCACAGCAGGAAUUGGAGAAGCAUUACAGUACUAUCCAUGGUGUCAAAGACACAAGCGGCCACAGCCUCGAGACUCUGCGGGAAGAGUUGAACGAGCUGUCAACCACCCUGAGGGAGGAACGCUGGUAUUCUGAGGAGUUGAAGAAGGAAGUGGAGAGGUUACAAGAAGCCUUCAAAAAGAAAGAUGAAGGAGAAGAGAAUUUUGUUCACAAGUCACAAUUAGAUGCUUUGGAAGAAUCCAAGACAAUGCUGACCUCAGAAGUGGUCCUUUUAAGGAAGCAGCUCACUGAGUCCCUAGAGUUGAACAGUUCCUUGCGCUCCGAGAAAGACAUGCUGGAAUCUCGUGCCUCCGACUUUGCAGUGGAAAGAGCAGAGUUGAGAGCGACUCUGGACACUCUACAAGCUGAAAAGGUUAGUCUAGAGUCGGAGUUGCACGAGUUGCGCUCCAGCCGGUCUAACCAGGAAACUCAGGAUCAGGCUGAGUCUCAACAGCUGCAGCAAGAGCUUCUCAAGAUCCAGGAACAACUGACCAGCAGAGAUAAGGAGCGUGAGACUGUCAAGUUUUGGGAGAGUAGGUUCCGUUUAGAACUCCANGGGCGCGGGACGGUCAUUGGUCGAAUUUUUGAGAGCGGGGCGGUCAUUGGUCGAAUUUUUGAGAGCUGGGCGGUCAUUGGUCGAAUUUUUGAGAGCGGGGCGGUCAUUGGUCGAAUUUUUGAGAGCGGGCGAUGGUCGAAUUUUUGGCGGUCAUUUGGUCGAAUUUUUGAGAGCGGGACGGUCAUCGGUCGAAUUUUUGAGAGCGGGGCGGUCACUGGUCGAAUUUUUGAAGCUGGGCGGUCAUUGAGAGCGGGACGGUCAUUGUCGAUUUUUGAAAGCUGGGUGGUCAUUGGUCGAAUUUUUGAGAGGCGGACGGUCAUUGGUCGAAUUUUUGAAAGCGGGGUGGUCAUUGUCGAAUUUUUGAGAGCGGGGCGGUCAUUGGUCGAAUUUUUGAGAGCGGGGCGGUCAUUGUCGAAGUUGGGAGAGCGGCGGUCAUUUGGGUCGAAUUUUUGA